AUGGCCGCACCUCCAAAUGCCAAAAGACAAAGAAAGGGAGGUAUACGACAACGAUUGGCUGCUAGCGCGGUCUGCGAGCAGGAGGAACAGAGUGCUCUAUCAACAAGUAUGCCAAGCAAACUCGCGCGCUACAUUUUGAAAAAGUUUGCAUGGGGUGAAUACUCUGCACAGGAAGCCCAAGCCACUGCGCAGGCCAGCUUCAAGGAUGUAAGGGCAAUCCAAGAAGCCUGCAUGGCUGCUCCUCCUACGACUGCAGGCGCAUCAGCCUCAUCGUCGUCGUGGCUUUUGACACCUCACGCCCACCCCAUAGAGCAGGACUUGGAGUCUGUAGCCACCAUUGGCGUGUCCGGUCAAUACUCAAACAAGUGCUACUCUGACCUAAUGAAGAAAGUCGAACCAAACAUCAGUUUGCCACAGCCCCAUCAGGUUCAGCUGAGGUUUGCUAACCCACUGGGAGAACGCAUCCAGGAGAUAUUGCUUCCGCACGAGAUGUUGGCUGCGAUAUAUGAACACAAGGCUACGUGGGACAAGGUUAUUCUACCGGACGAAGGCCUUCCACUCAAGUUCUGGCGCGCUCAAAAGAAUGGGAAGCACCCACAGUGGUCCGGGCAUCCACUCGAACAUUUCGCUGACAGAGAGCUGGGGAAAGUAAUUCCGCUCUCCCUCCACGGCGACGAAGUCCCCGUCACCGGUAUAGGGAAGCAGUGGAGCAGAAAAAUGGUCAACUUUAGCUGGCACUCCCUCCUUUCCACAACAGCUUCUGUGAGAGAUUCACAGUUCUUCGUAUGGGCAUUUUUCGACAAAGCUGGCAUCACUGAGGAGGGCGACACGGGGUAUCGCACUCUAGACAAAUUCUUUGAUCUCCUGGCUUGGACGACCUUGCUCACUCUGCCGCUGCUCAUUGGCAGGAGCGAACAGUUGGAGCAACUUUACUCCAUCAGCGCCUUGGAGGGGCCAGCUGUGGACCUAUGCUACUUGGAGCGCUUGGGGCGGCAGAAGCAGAUGCCCUCUGUUAUGCCUGGAUCACCGCAGCAAAACCUUGAUCUUUUGUGGUCUGAAAUCAAACACCUCUACCACCAGCACAAUACAAAGGUCAGGUACCGGUAUUUGAACAAGUUGACGAUGUUCCUUCGGCAAAACGGCACGCCCAAGCUCCGCGGCAAGGCCGGCGAAAUUCGCCAUUUUGCUGAUAUUAUUGUGCAUUUGUGGCAAAGACACAUGUCUUCAGAGUUGCUUGUACACAAGCAAAUUCAUCUACUUCUGAAGCUUAGUGCGCGCAUGGAGCAGCUCAUCACGGACAACCGUGAGGAAAUCGCGUUCCCUGCGCCUGAGGCCAGGAAGUUCGCCAAGGCAUGUCAGGAGAUGUUGAGCCUCCACGCUGUGUUGGCCAAUCACUUUGCCGAAGAAGAGACUGACCUGUUCACCUUGACCAGCAAGUGUCACAUGCUGCAGCACAUUUCCUUGUUGGCUGGUUGCAUCAACCCACGUUUAGUGUGGUGCUUUUCCGGCGAGGACAUGCAAAACCGCGUGCAACAACUCGCACAGGCAUCUGUCAAGGGCAACAACGCUGCGUCUGCAGUCAACAAGAUCGUUCGCCACUACAGAUUGGCAAUGCAAAUUGCUUUCAUGGACCACGAAGAUGAAAUCUAG